AUGAUUAGCAAACUCCUGUUGAGUUUUUGGAUACUCAGAUGCAUCAGCCUCUAUGGAGACCUGGCGGUUGCGCAAGAAUGGCCCUCGCCACUCGACGAGUCCGCGGACGAGAAGAACGACGCAGAGAUAUUUCGAGCGGUGGUCGAGUCCAUGCGACAAUGGACGUUGCACAAGCAAUUGCAUCACAGGACUAAGAGAGAGGUUUCUAAGGUCUGCUACGAGGAUGUCGGCUGCUUCGAGGACACGGGGCCCUUCAGCUACCUGGAGAUGCUUCCUUCGCCACCGAAAGACGUAGGCACUAGAUUUCUAGUGUACGGGAGCAGAAAGGCGAGAUCGAUCCCGAUGGAAGUUCCUGCGGAGGACAUAAGCGACAACGCAUACCGUGCCAUAGAUCCCGACCUACCCACCAAGGUGAUCGUACACGGAUUCGGAUCCAGCUGCGACCACGUCUGGGUCUACGAAAUGAGGUCCGCGCUAAUGACUGUGCACGAAUGUAACAUAGUGUGCGUGGACUGGGGUCCAGGGAGCGCAGUUCCUAACUACGUAAGGGCGGCUGCCAACACUCGUUUGGUCGGUCGACAAUUAGCCAAACUGGUCAGAAGCUUGAACGUGCCUUUGGAGAGGAUUCAUCUAAUUGGCUUCAGUCUUGGCGCUCACGUGGCUGGAUUCGCGGGCGCGGAAUUGGGAAACGUCUCGAGGAUCACAGGAUUAGAUCCCGCGGGACCAUUGUUCGAAUCUCAGGAUCCAAGAGCCCGACUCGACAAAACAGAUGCCAACUUCGUGGACGUAAUUCACAGUAACGGCGAACAACUGUUGCUCGGUGGUCUGGGUUCCUGGCAGCCGAUGGGCGACGUGGAUUUCUAUCCCAAUGGCGGUAGAAUGCAAACAGGCUGCUCGAAUCUGUUCCUUGGCGCAGUGUCAGACAUCAUCUGGUCGAGCGCCGUCGAGGGCAGAUCCCUGUGCAACCAUCGGCGGGCCUACAAGCUGUUCACCGACUCUGUCAGUCCCAAGUGUCGCUUCCCGGCGUUUCCUUGCGACAACGGAUACGAUGGUCUUCUCCGUGGUGACUGUUUUCCCUGUGGCGUGAACGGCAUGGGCAGACCCUGCGGUGACAUGGGUUACUACAGCGACGAGUCACCGGCCAGAGGACAGCUGUACUUGGUCACGAGAGAGGAGGAACCUUUCUGUGCUCACCAGUACCAGGUGAAGGUGUACAAUAGUCGCAGCGAAAGGCCCACCAAGAGUUACGGCAAGUUACAGGUAACCUUGGUCGGUGAGGGACCUUUCAACGACACCUUCGCGAUGACGCGAAAGGACGAGGAGCUUCUGGUUGGCUCGAUUCUGCAGAAGAUCGUUGUUCCUCACCCUGCGAUUUCGAGUCUGGAAGCUAUCGAGAUCAAGUACACAGCGUACAGCGGUUGGAUCUCCUCAGGCUUGGUGUCCUGGAGCAUCGAUAAAGUCGCCAUCGUCGAUAGCUUCGGGAAAACUCUUUCUGUCUGUAGGAAAGGCUUGAGUUUAGAGUCCGGAAAACCCAUUUAUCUUCCUCUCUUCGCUGGCGAAUGCAACGUCCCUGCGGAAUCAGAUAACUCGACGUCUCCGACUCUGGAGCGUAUGUUGCAAGAGAAGCAGCAAGGUGGUAUAGGGCCGUUCACUAAAGAACAGAAUUACGAAACGAAGGAAGGUUUCUCGGUGGAAGCGUUCUCGAAGGAGAGAAGCACGUCGUUGUCCUCGUCGAAAGGUUUGGGUCCGUUCACGAAGGAGCAGAAUUUGCGAAUAAUCGAGAGAAAGGAGAGCUUCAAAUCGAACAGCUUCGAAGACACGGGCAAUCGCCGCAGCAAUUCGAAUCCUUGGAAUAUCGUCGAUAUCUCUAGCGACGGUGACUCGAACUCCUUGGAAAAUUCAGACUCUGAGAAAGGCAGAGGAUUCUCCGGUUCUAACUUCUUCGCCAAGACGUCUUCGCCAGACUCUCCGACGGAAGCAACGACGGAGUUUCUGCCAGAAAUUCGAGAACCCGUGUUGCAAGUUGACAAAAAGGAAGCAGGAAGGUCUCUGAAAUUUCCUGAAAUCACGGAGCCUAUCCUAAGGCCACGGUCAGCGAGACAGAACACCAGGAACGAAGUGCACAGUCGCGAGAAACAGAAAGACGAGAUACAGGAAACUUCCUCGACAUCCGGAUCUUUUACCGUGCAAUUUUUACCGGAAAGAUUAGCUGGGAUCUUGGCGCAGGCUGAGAGGUACGCGAGACAAACCCUUCUUCCUUUGAUCUCGCAGUACACGCCGAGUUUCGUGACUGGCUCGCGGUACGAAGAACCCAAGUACUUUCCGCCCUUGGGAGGGAUCACUUCUGAGGGCCAUCAAGGGUCUGAUGAAACAGAAUUGAUCACUAAGAGCGAGCAACAAGAGAGACAGAACAGGGACGCCCAAGCUGAAUCUUUACCACCCACCGAAUCUGUUUCCAAAGAAGAAGUUAAAACGAUCAAUUCCUCUACCACUACGCCGAUAGAGAUACCUGCGAUCGUUGAAACGAUCUAUGCGGAGAAAAGUGGAUCAAAUUCGACGAUCAUCGAUUCGGAAAGUAACGAAUGGGUACCCAUAGGACCUUCGACUCUAAACACCAUAUCUAGGAAAGAUUUCAAUGUGUCCAGGUCUUUGAAUUGGGAAUACAAAAGGUACAACUGGUCCACGGAGUCGAUAUUGGAAAGUAGUAGUUUCAAACCAAAGCUGGAUGAUUGGGUACCCAUUACUGUUACGAGCGAAAUUCAAAUUCCCGAGAUACCCAGUAACGUUACCAGCGAGGUUAAUUUACCCUACGUGGUUGAUCAGCAGACCGGUGCUGCUCAAGUGGAAGCUGAACCGGUAAAAGGUUCUAGAAAUAAUUCAGAGACUAUUACCACGGGGAAAGAUGAAAGGAAGUAUAUUCCCCUGAUCGAUCCUGACGCGAAAGAAUUAUCGUCAACAAGCUCGAAUGAUAUUUUAGAAUCCAGUUGGAGCACUUCAACGUUCUCUCCGUACUCUCACAUACAAAAGAUCCCAAGGCCAAUAGAGACAAGAAGUAGCAAACUUGGCGCAAGUUCAACGAGGCGAAGCAUGGUCUUCCCUUACGCGUAUGAGAAGAAGAAGGAUCCUAGGACUAGGUACAUACCCUUGAUACCCGAGGAAGACUUGGGAAGAUCUCACUUCUCGAUUGAAAGGGAACGUUGA